CUUUCUCCCCUUGUUCUUCUUUUCUUUUCCAGUGUGAUCGAACAUCCCCGUUAUAUUUACAAUCGAGUUUAUCCGUGUUGGGACGAAACCAGCCAGACCUGCUUGUUCGACCGGUCGCGACCCGUCUAGCCCAGCAUGGACGGUGGCCAGACCUCUUCCAAUCCCGCCCCCGCUGGGAACUCCAGCGAUUUUGUACGCAAGCUGUACAAAAUGCUGGAGGACCCAACCUACGCGUCGAUCGUACGCUGGGGUGAUGAAGGGGAUUCCUUUGUGGUAUUGGAGUGCGAGAAAUUCACCAAGACCAUCCUACCGAAGCACUUUAAACACAGCAACUUUGCCAGUUUUGUACGCCAACUGAACAAAUACGACUUCCACAAGGUUCGACAAAACAAUGAAGAAAAUGGCCAGUCACCAUACGGGCAGAAUGCAUGGGAAUUCAAGCACCCAGAGUUCCGCGCAAACAGCAAAGAAUCGCUCGACAACAUUCGACGAAAAGCACCCGCACCACGAAAACAAACUCAACCCAGCGACGACUCCGUACCCACGCAACAAAUUGAUCUUCUUAACCAGCAGAUUGUGGCGCAACAGCAGCAGAUCCAACAUCUAUCGGACCGAUAUGCCCAGCUCACGGUGGAUCAUCAGCUCAUGCUACAGGAAGUGAUGCGAGUGCAGAAAACGGUUUUAAACCACGAGAAUGUCAUUCACCAGGUGAUGACCUACUUGCUUUCGGUAGAUGCGCGCCAGCGACGGGAUAGCAAGGCUGUGGCAUUCCAAGCGCCUGGAACGACAAUGAGCCCUUCCCAGGUUGUUCCAGUGGAUGAUGAACCCUCAUCACCCCUCCAGCAAGCCUCAAAGCUCCUGAACGACAUGAACGCCGAACUACAAUUCAAUAUGAACGGUGUCGACUCGAUGAACGAUCCUCAAAAGGGCGUCGUUUCAACUCCUACCUUGGAUCCGAAUGCGCGAAAUGGUUCGCUCCGUCCCGCGACAACUGCACCACAAAACCCGGCACUCGUUUACCCCAAGAUGGCCGGAGAUUUGGAGCAAGUGGUGUAUCCCGUGGGUGCCACAAACGGCAUCGAUCCCAUGUACAGCGAGCAUAUCAACAAUGUUCCGUACCCAAUGCCCGCCAAGCAGGAGAUGGAUACCUCAGAUGCUCGUCGGCAGUUUCCCGAUAACCGGAAGAAAAGCACGAAUGUGGACCCUGGGUGGGUGCGCAGCCCACAGAUUCUCUUGGUUGAGGACGAUGCCACUUGUCGGCAGAUUGGCGGCAAAUUCCUGUACUCUUUCUCGUGUGUUAUUGAUACAGCGUUUGACGGCUUGGAGGCUGUGAACAAAAUUCAGGGUGGCUCAAAAUACGAUUUAAUUCUGAUGGAUAUCAUUAUGCCGAAUUUGGACGGUGUAUCGGCAUGCCAUCUCAUUCGCCAAUUUGAUCGCACCCCUAUCAUCGCCAUGACCUCGAACAUCCGAAGCGACGACAUCCAGCUCUAUUUCCAACAUGGAAUGGAUGAUGUUCUUCCGAAACCAUUUACCCGCAAGAGUCUUCUCGAUAUGCUUGAGAGACAUCUGGAUCAUCUCAAGAUUUCGCCGCAGAACCCAGGAAUGGAGCCAGUACGACCUUCCGCAGCCGCCGUGACCAUGGCAGCUGCGACUCAAAGUUCAGCAAACCAGUCGAUAAAAGAAGACAGCUCUCCAGGCCAGUCGCCCGCUGGAUCAAUGACGAACUGGCAAUCACCCAGCCAAUUCCAAAAUAUGCAGGCUGUUCCAUCGAAUAUGCCAGCAGUUCAAGGGCCAUACGUUACAGCUCCACCGUCCGCCUACACUGUUGACCAGAAUGGCGUCCAGUACCCAGCACCACCAGUAGGAGUCCCAACCGGGGGCGCUCCUAUUCGUCCCCCACAUCGCCGUCAGAUCUCCGAUAUGGGCGGUGCCGCCGAUAACCCUAACAUGCCGAAACGGCAGCGCAUGUACUCUCAACCUCAACAACCCAUGCUUGCCGUGCAAGCUGGUCGACCUGGCUAAAUCAAUUUCCGGCCAUUUAUCUCUUUUAUUUUCAUACUUCACCUUUCCGCCUGUCCAUUGACUCACGAUUCCCACUUGUCUAUAACGAGGUUCGAAUUCGAAAUUCGAAAUUCCAAAUCGUACAUUUUGCUACUAUUUUGCUACUCUUCGCGGACGUCUUGAAUCGCCGCAGUUGUCUCCCACCUUUUACAGGUUCUGGCGUUGGGUUUGAUUUAACAUAGGUGGCGAAUUAUGUGCGACUUUAUAUGCGUCAGCUAUAUCCACCGUGGUUUCAUGCAUUCACCGCCGGAGAGAUUGUUUCGUCAGGUACAUAUUUUACAAACAUAUUACUACUA